GAAAUAAAAUACAUAUUUGUGCUAUGAUGAGAAACAGAAGAAAGUUACUUGGAGCGAUGUGGAUAGAAAAUAAAUUGAUGACCAAAACAGGCUGACCGGGGAAUUAAGUGAGAAGGAUAAGAAAAUGCUGUGCUUAAAAGUGAUGAAUUCUGCGAUGGAAAACUCAGAGAAAGUUCAUACAUCCUGCCAUCCACCUCUAAAAUAUGUGGUCUAUGACUGGACGCACUGAGAGCAACUGUAGGAAGUCCAAGAAGGAUACAUUAACCAACUAUGUGCAGAAUAUAUUCCUUUUUGCCAGUAACAACUUACACAAGGACUUGUAAGGUGGAUGCUCAACAAAACUGAUUAAAAACCUGUUUAAUUGUUCUUAUGGUGACGUUUUCUGUGGUAAGGCAGUCUCUACUGUCAGUCAGCUGGACACUGGAAAGAAACCAUGGAGAAGCAAACUUUUAAAUUCAACUAGCUCCAGGCCUACAGGUUAUGUUGUUAAGCAGAAUAAAUUUCUGAAUGGUAAACCUGCCAAUUUUGACCACAAAAAUCAGUUCAAGCCUUCAACACCAUCAUCCCGGCUCUUCUGCAGGACAAGCUCUCCCAGCUGAGCAUGCCUGAGUCCACCUGCAAGUGGAUCACUGACUUCCUGUCUGACAGGAAGCAGCACAUAAAGCUGGAGAAACAUGUCUCUGACUCCCAAACCAUCAGCACCGGAUCCCCCCAAGGAUACAUCCUUACUCCUCUACUCUUCUCCCUGUACACCAACAGCCACACCUCCAGUCAUCAGUCUGUCAAGCUCCUAAAGUUUGCAGACGACACCACCCUCAUUGGACUCAUCUCUGAUGAGGAUGAGUCUGCCUACAGGUGGGAGACUGACCAUCUGGUGUCCUGGUGCAGGCAGAACAACUUAGAGCUUAAUGCUCUAAAGACAGUGGAAAUGACUGUAGACUUCAGAAGGAGCUCUGCUAUACCCUUCCCAUCACCCUGUUUGACUCCCCAGUAAUCUCUGUGGAGUAUUUUUGCUUCAUGGGCACUAUAAUCACCCAGGACCUUAAGUGGGAGACGAUACCUGCUAGCUCACCAAGAAAGCACAGCAGAGGAUGUACUUCUUGCAGCAGUUGAAGAAGUUUGAUCUGCCAAAGACAAUGAUAGUGCACUUUUACACCACCAUCAUUGAGUCCUCCUCCUCCAGCGUCUGGUACGCUGCUGCCACUGCCAGGGACAAGGGCAAACUGCAGUGCAUCAUUCGCUCUGCUGAAAGGACGAUUGGCUGCAGCCUUCUGUUUCUUCAGGACCUGUACAAGUCCAGGACCCUGAGGAGAGCAAAAAAGGAUUGUGGCCGACCCCUCUCAACCUGGACACAAACUUUUUGAAUCACUCCCCUCUGGUAGGAACCAAAACCUCAUGCCAUAAGGCCAACAUUUUCCCCCCUGCAGCUGGCCUCAUCAGUAAGGUCAGAGACCCCGACUGACUCUAACCUCACACUUCCAACCUGGCACUCAUGUCACAUGACCUUGAAAUGUGCAAAAUAGAUCUCCAUUCUGUGAGCCUUCAUUGCACAUUCCGGCACACUCUGUAUAGCCUGGUUAUAGACUUAGCCCAUUACACAUAUUCUCUUCCUCUCAAGCAUUCUUAUCAUGUCUCUUCUCCAUCUUCAUCAUGUGACCUGUUUUUGCACAUUCCAGGACAUACUGUACAGCUUGGCUAUUUAUUUAACCCAUUGCACAUAUUUCCUUCCUCUCACACAAUCAUAUAAUGACUCUUUUCCUUCUUCAUCAUGUGACCUAUUCUUGCACAUUCCGGGACAUGCUGUACAGCUUGGACUUCAAUAAUUCAUACACAUGCCCCUUAAAUAUGUCCACUUUUCAAAUUUGUAUAUUUUAGAUUCUUCUAUUUUUUAUUACAUGUAUAUAGUUACUUUUGUCUUUGCUAAAUUCUUCUAUUUUAAAUGUUCAAGCACCAACCACCAAAGCAAAUUCCAUGUAUGUGAGAACAUACUUGGCAAUAAACUUGAUUCUGAUUCUGACAUAGAGAAAUUUAUAAUAGAAAUUUAGUAUGUACUGCGUCCUCUAUCGGCAGUUUGCUGAUAGUGCAGUGGUAAUAUAUUGGCUAACAUUUUUUCUAUUAAUACUGCCAGCUUUAACUGGGGGUCAGAAAUAUCUUGUGACUGGCUGUGCAGACUCUCAGAAAGGACAUUAACUCGUUUAAUCGUUUUAUUGGGCUUCUUAUGGAUAGAAAUAUCAGAAACACAUAGUGAACAAAACUGAACUGAAUAGAGGAUCAUUUUAAAUAGCCUAAAAUGUAGGCAACUUUCUUUGGAUAAAAGGUAUUAGAAGAACUUUUUUCAGGCUUUGAGGUAGUAUUCCCCUGUAAGCCAUUAGAUAUUGUGGAAGGCAGAUGUAUCACUCAGUGCCAUGUCUCAGAACACAUUUGCCUUCACGUCAGCCACGCUUCGCUCUCUGCGGCUGGAACAGGAACUGCAGGACUGGGAGGAAACACGAAGGGCUCUGGCGCACAGGAGGGUAAUGAGUAGGCAGCCACUGCCAGCUGCACCCCGGCUCAGACACGGGACAGAGAGGAUCCAGACAGUACAAGCCCCUCCACCUCAGAUCCACUGCAGAGACCCGGCUGUCCACAACACAUUCAUGUAUGGAGAUAUGAGAAGUGUGUACGCAGUACUCAAAGAACCUGGUAUGGUGAAUGCCCUGAUGGAGAUCGUCCAUGAGGAGAUGAUGUGGACUCCAGAAAUGGGCAUGUGGACUCUGUCCUCCAAAGUGAAGCAGACAUCUGCCCUGCACCUGGCUGCCAGCAGGGGGCACUAUGGUUGUGUGGAGGAGCUGUUAUUCCGGGGAGCUGAGGUGGAUGCUGACCCUGGAGGUCGAUCGGCCCUUCACGAUGCCUGUUCUGGAGGUCACCACGCCUGUGUAAAGCUGCUUCUGGAGCAUGGAGCUGACCCUGAUCUGCUGACAGCCAACGGCGAUGCGCCUCUUCACCUGUGCACCACUGCUGAGUCCUAUGUCUGUACAGAGCUGCUAGUCAGCAUGGGUGCCGAAGUGAAUGUGGCCCAGCGCGACUCGUGUCUCACUCCACUGCACUUGGCAUGUCGGAGGGGUCUGGAAGAACAUGUGAAACUGCUGCUAGCCCAUGGAGCUGAUGUGAAUGUGCAGAACCGUGAGGGUGAGACGCCACUGAAUGCUGCAUGCGCCAGAGCUGAGAGGCCAACUGAGGCAGCACGAUACCUAAGUGUGGUGCAGAGACUGCUACAAGCUGGCGCACAGGCACACACAGCAGGGAGGAAGCAGCACACUGCCCUACACAAUGCCUGCAGUAACUGCAGCUAUCAAAUUGCUGAUUUGCUUCUGGAGCAUGGAGCUCAGGUGGAUGCAGCCAACUGUGCAGGAUACACACCCAUGGACUACCUCCUGCAGGUGGUAGAGGAUUAUCCAGAUCAGCACCCUGAACUAAUUGCUCGUUCACUGCUCAACCAUGGAGCUAAGCCUCCUUCUACCAGAAUGCUGAAGUUAUGCCUCCUCUCCCCUGCUACAAUGGAAGUGAUACUGAACUGCUACCCAGUGGUGCCAAACUGUGAGGACUGGUUACAAGAAGUCCCAGAUGAACUACUGAAGGAGUACAAGUGUUUCUUCGACUCGGUUCGCCGGAUGACAGGGCAGCCCCGUACGCUCCAGCACCUCUGUCGAUGUUCCCUGAGACUCAGUAUGGGUGCAGGAUGCCACUCUGCCAUCAAUAAGCUAAACAUCCCAUGUGCACUAAAAGAGUACCUGCUGCUGUCAAUUAAAGGAGAGAUCAACAGAGGCAGUGAGAUGGCAGUGUGUGCUCUGUCCAUGUUGGAUGGUUUGGGCGAUGAGGCCACAGCACUGGGUGGUGUGCUCAUCCUGCUCUUGGCACUCGUCCUGGCCUGGCUCUCUACCCAUGUGGCUGAUCGUGGUGAUCACAUUCUGGGUACCAUCCUCACUGUGGGUGCCCAUGCCUCACUCAUUGGUCUAGGGGGCCAUGAUGGCUACGCGGUUGCUCCGUCCAGCUCGGAGUCGGGUGAGCAGCAGAACGAUGAGACAACAGACGAGGACAAACAGGAGGAUGAUGAGGACGAGGGAGAAGGAGGAGAGGAGCUGCUGGAUAUCCAAGGAGGCAGGAAGAAAAUGAGUCGAGAGCAUGAGGGAGAGAAUGAGGGCACGGAGGAUGAUGACGAUGAGGGCACGAGCAUCACUGUGCGGCUGAAGUUUCUGAAUGAUACAGAGGAACUGGCUGUGCUGAAGCCUCAGGAUACAGUCGGAGUGCUGAAAAGUAAGUACUUCUCUGGGCGUGAGCGUCAGAUCAAGCUGAUUUAUCAGGGGCAGCUGCUGCAGGACCCACGACGCACACUGCUCUCACUCAACAUCACCCACAACAGCGUGCUGCACUGCCACAUCUGCCAGGCUCAGAGUCCAGCCUUGCCCCAGGCCGAGCCAGACGACGAGCAGCGUGCUCAUGCCGGAGCGGGCAUCAGCAGUGGUCUGCGCUCAGUCGCUCUUGCAUUCAGCACAGGCAGCCUGGUGGUCCCGGUGUUUGUAGUGCUGCUAGCUGUAGUCUGGUAUUUCCGUUUCAACUACCGACAGCUGUUCACGGCGCCGGCCACCGUCUCCCUGGUAGGAGUCACCGUCUUCUUCAGCUUCCUAAUCUUCGGCAUGCACAGCCGCUGAGGAUACGGACAAAAGAAGGAAGAUUGUUGGGAGAGAGGUAAAAAGAAAUUGGGGUAGAAGAUGGCAUAUUCACUCUGUCUGUGAAGUGCAACAGUGAUGAGGAGAAGGAAUGAUUGAUAGUAGACAAAAGUACUCAGGGAGCCUUACGGCUUCUGGUGCCAUUUAGAUGCCUGGUGUGUCUGUGUGAGAGAGAGAGAGAGAAAGAAAGAAUGAGUGUGUGUAUGCGUGUGUGUUUAAGGAUUUACUUGUGGGUGAGUAGAGAGUAUAAUGCUGUAAUUAUGCUUUAGAUUCGUGUAAUAUUUAGAGUAAUUUAAUCUCAACACGAGGCCUAGUUUGUCCUCAGUUGUUGUUUCAGCGCUUGCUGGCCUUUCCAUGGAUUAACCUCUAUGCCAUUUUUAUUGUCAGUAUGUUUGAAAGGAGAAGCUCCAACCUAAUCUUUGUUUACUGUACCGUAGCGUACAGUACAAGAAAUUCAACCUGUUUCACUGCACAGAGAAAAGAAACACAUAACCACGUAAUCUGAAAUACGAAGCCUUACUAAAGCCGUUUUAUAUUUUUUAACUGCAAUUCAAGACACUAUUUCAAAAAUUUGUUGCAUAAUACAAGUUGACGUUUUUGGCAGAAUCCUACAACUGCCCGAUAUGAUAGAUGAAUGUUAGGUUGGAAAGCGCUGGAGUAUUCCAUUAAUGACUGCAUUACGUGUAUCACUUUAGCGCUACAGUUAAGUGACCACACAAUUCACAAGCAAGCUUAAUUUCAUAAUAACAAAGCUCAGGACAUGCAGCUAAUGGUCCUUCGUUUCAGCUCACAUUUCAUUUUACAGUAUUAUCUUUGAGGGGGAAAAGUUUCAAUACUUGGAAAUGUUUGUUCUCUAGCAAUAAACAUCGCGUUCUGCAGGUACGAGAAUCAAGUUAUUAUUAAAAAAAAAAAUACAGGGAUAACGAAGGAUAACCAAGUUCUGUAAAUAAAGUGCAUUCUGUAUAUAAUAAAAUGUGAAAAUUAAAUCUCAUAAAACAUGAA